GCCGCGAGGACCCGCCCAUUCAGCCGUACUAUCUGCGUCUCUAUACGCCGCUCGUCAUCCCCUAGCAUCGCUCGGAUAUGGCGCCUUGGACGCUGCAACAGGUCGCGGAGCACAACAGCCGAUCAUCGUGCUGGGUCGUCAUCAAGAACGAGGUGUACGAUGUGACCGAGUUCCUCGCCGAACAUCCAGGCGGCGCCGCGGUCAUUCUCAAAUACGCCGGCAAAGACGCCACCGCGGCCUACGAGCCUAUCCACCCACCCGACGCGCUCUCGCAGCUGCCCGCCUCGAAGCACCUCGGGCCCGUCUCCACCGAGGCCGCGAGCACGCUCGAGGCGCAGCAGAAGGAACGCGCGCAGCAAAAGACGAAGGAUGAGCUCCGUAUCGAGGCUGCCCAGCGCUCGAAACCCCCGCUGAGCCGGAUCCUCAGUCUGCGCCAGAUGGAGGACGUCGCGCGGAGCGUGCUGAGCUACAAGGCGUACGCGUACUACUCGUCCGCCGCGGACGACGAGAUCUCCCACGCGAACAACCUCUCCGCCUUCUCCCGCUUCUUCUUCCAGCCGCGCGUCAUGCGCCGCCUCGCGCACAUCGACCCGUCCACGACGCUGCUCGGUACACGCUCGACGUUGCCCGUCUUCGUCUCCGGCGCGGCGCUCGCCAAGCUCGGGCACCCCGCCGGCGAGGCGAACAUCACCCGCGGCUGCGGGUACACCGGGCUCAUCCAGAUGGUCUCGUCCAACGCGUCGCUCAGCCCGGCGCAGAUCGCGGAGGCGAGGAAGGACGAUAGCCAGGUCCUGUGGUUCCAGCUGUACAAGCACCGGGACCACGCGAAGGCGCUCGAGCGGAUCCGCAACGUGGAGAGGCUGGGGUAUAAGGCGAUCUUCUUGACGGUGGACGCGAUCUGCGCGGGUAACCGGGAGAGAGACAUCGCGGCUCCGUUCGUGCUGGAGGAUCAGGAGCGGGAAGCCGCCAGCUCGGACCAGGCCGAGACGAAGACGGCGGGCGAGAUGCCGCGUGCGCCCGAGGACUCCGACGUGCUGGAGGAAGUGCAGGUAGGGAAUAUCGCCGGUACUGCGGGGAUGCUCAUCGCGAACGACGAUAUGGACAUGACGUGGGAGGAGACCAUCCCGUGGUUGAGAAGUGUGACGAAGCUGCCCAUCGUGAUCAAAGGGAUUCAAUGUGUAGCUGACGCAGUCCUCGCGGCUGAAGCCGGCUGCGACGGGAUCCUCAUCUCGAACCACGGCGGACGGCAGUUGGAGUACGCGCUCCCGUCCAUCGAAGUCCUGUACCAGCUCCGCCAGCAGAGGCCGGACGUGUUUGACAAGCUCGAAGUCUACCUUGACGGCGGCGUUCGGCGCGGGACCGACGUGCUGAAGGCGCUGUGUUUGGGUGCGAAAGCUGUAGGCCUCGGUCGGCCCUUCUUGUAUGCCCAGAGCGCCUACGGUGCGCCAGGGGUCAUUAAAAUCAUCCGGAUCCUCGAACGAGAGAUCGUAACCGGCAUGCGCCUUAUCGGCGCGAGGAACGUCAGCGAACUGGUCCCGGAGAUGGUCGAGCGCGUUACCUGGGAACCGACGCUGGCCAAGCUGUAGAGAUCUUUUGGAUGCGGGGUGCAUUGUUGGUGCUGAUGCACGGUGCCCUGAUAGGGUCAUGCACUUCUCUUCUGUAGCAAAGCUUGCCCAUAGAUAUCGUCAGUUUAUGUGCAGUCCUUCGGGUCUGAAACGG